CUGUUGCUUGGAAACAUCUUAGAAAAUCACUUGCAUAAAGAACUACAAUCAAAUUCGUUUACUGAAGAACUCUUUAUGGGCUUAUAUAUAGAUACCUAUUUCCCUCCUGGAAAAAACCUCUCGGAAGAAAAUGAUCCAGCAUCCAGCAGAUUGGAGUGAUGGAAGGAGUUAAUCGUGGUGAUCUGAGCCCCUUUCCGCCAUAUACUAGUCAUAAUAAUAUGGCAGAAGGAGGAAUUCCUAAUAAUCCGAGUAGUAGUCACAUGCGCCGCCUCACAACCUUGGAUGUAGCUUACAGGAAGCUUCAGUUAUUGCCGGGACGUCUUUCCAGGCUUCAGUCACUGCCAUCUCCUCGGUCGAGCAUCCAGUCAUCACCAGAAUUCGAAUCAAUUGCUUUAUCAUUACUGGAAAUUCCAUCGAGUACUCGAUCAUCAUCAUCAAUUCCUCCAUUGAGUACUAAUUUAUCAUUAAGAAUGGAUGGUAGCACUCAGGAAAACUGGAACGAAGUCCGGUCUAACGUAGCUUCGCGCAGUCAUAUUUCUCCUGAGACAACUGUUUUCUACAGCUGUGACGGUGGUGAAAUUUCCAGCGAGGUUUUCAGGAGAGGGAGCUCAAAUCACAAGGUUUUGGAGUGGAUCUUUGCUCUUGCUAAUUUCAUCAUCGAGCUUUCAUCAAUAGUUUUCGACCAACUCUCCUCUCAGCACAAUUCCCUUUUCCUGCCAAUGUGUAUGGGGAUGUCUUUUCUAUCCCUGAUUAUUUGCAUCUUUGAGCUUGUGUAUAAGGUUCGUCAGGAAAGAGUAAUUUGGAUUUGGAGGGAUACCAUCCCUCGGUUCUAUUACCCAUCAGAAACCGGCGUCCCUUUUGGUUCCUGCACACAACUUGUUGGACUAAUUUGUGCCUUCGGACAGUGUAUUGUUGCCACAACUAGUUAUUGUUUGUUCAUCAAGAAUGGUAAAAAUCCCAUUAGAAUAUCCAUUUGGGCCGCCAUUUUUGCCUUUUGUCAGCUGUGUUCUAAACUUUUCAGGGAAUUCAGGCAGGAGGAUGUUCACAGGCAAGAUGUCUCCUCUGUAGAAUUGACUAGUUCAGGUCAGUGAAGCCCAGACAAGAUUAUAAAGAUAAAUGAGUUAUAGUGGGAAAUGGUGUUUAUAACAAGUGAUAGGUGGUACAUCUUUUGCUUCUCAGUUCUUUCAGUUUGACCCUCGUCGCCAGUAUGUAGAGAAUAAAUUCUGGGUGUAUAUUGUUUUCAAAAACAACACAAUGUCCCAUUGGUAAAGUAACAACUUGUGUUGAGCUUUAUAAACAAAAAAUCUUCUUGUUAUGGAUCUUAUUAAGAGCUUAAAUGGGUGUUAAUAUUCAUAUAUUUCGUACUCCAACUAGGUAAGGAGUAGUUUGUAUUCCUAUAAAAGAAGAAUUGCCACAUAUAUGUUAUUGGGCUAAACUUGAUUCAUUUAUAUAACUUGGAAUCUAGAAAAUGUACCAAGUAGUGAUUACAUGGUUUUAAUUUAGAGAAAAUCUCACGUAUAUGAGAUUCUUUA